AUGACCUCCGGGCUUUGGCCAAAAGAGGUCAACAAGCUUUGCCCAGAUUGCGGACACCUCUUUCCUCCCUCCGGACGAUGGCCAUGGGACGGAGAUACAAUCGGCAAAUUUGUGGACUCCAAAGGAGAUGUGCGCGAACCUAGCGUCGAGGAGCUCGACGCUUCAGCAACUUCUACCGGGUGUCAUCUAUGCAGAGCUCUCUUGGAAUGUAUAUUGCCUGGAUCUCUAAAGUUUAACCGGCAGGACUACCCUGCGUGGUUUGAUCUCAACAAGGGAUUUCGGUACAGCGUUUCGCUUCACGCCGCCCAGCAUGAUUCAAACCAACACCUUCGGUCUAUUUCUUUGAAAUUGACGGCAAUGGGGGAGCGUAGGUGGAUGGGCAUGCAACUACGGGGUUUAAUCUUCUAUAGAGCACGCCCGGUGUUGUUGUCUGACAGGAACUGUUCGGAGGAACCAAAUGUCAGGCCACGCCGCUGGGUCUUCAAGGAGGUUGAUCCUCCAGGGCAUUAUGAAGGGAUCGGGGACGCUGGACUCAUGGAGGUUGACAUCGUUCAGCCAACAUCAGCCACAACCUUUGACCCUCUCGCCUUCGAACAGCUACGGAGAUGGGUAGACGAGUGCACUCAAAAGCAUGAGCUCUGCAAGACAGCAACACCCGGAAAGAACUCCAUUUUCGGCUUUGAACAGACGGUGCGGCUGGUCGAUGUCGGGCUCAAUGAUAACUCACCAAUUUGUCUAGUGGAGGGUUUCAGGGUAGACCAGGUCCGGUAUAACACACUGAGUUACCAGUGGACAGCGGACACAUCAAAGACCAGUCUAAGGAAGCAUAACAGAGCCGCCUACUGCCAUGCGAUUCCAACAGAGGCCUGGCCUAAGGUAUAUAAGGACGUUGUGAUCGUUUGUCGGGCCCUUGGCGUUCGUUACGUAUGGAUUGACUCCCUUUGUAUUGUCCAAGAUGACCUGGAAGAUUGGAAAGUCCAGUCAUCCAUGAUGCAGGAUGUCUACUCCUACGGCCAUCUCAAUCUCGCCAAUGUGCUAGGAAAGCACGCGGAUGGGCUAGAAGUAAGCCGCUAUCCCACGGCUACCUCGCCCUGCAUUUUGUCACGCACGCUUGAGGAUGGCUCAACAGAACAUUGGGGAUGUAUGGAGGACGGCAGUUGGCGGGAGCACAUUCAGGAUGCACCGCUGUACACACGAGCAUGGUGCUAUCAGGAGCGGUUUCUUUCCGCGCGAACAGUUCAGUUUGGUCAACAGCUCUACUGGGAGUGUAGAGAGCAAUUUGCUUCCGAGUCGGUUCCGUUCGGCAAGGCGUUCUACAACAUUAAACACCCGGACCUAAUCACCACCUCUGCCAAGGGCAAGGAGAGUGCUAGCGAGACGAUGAGUCCCGCAGAGAUAUGGGAAACGAUUGUCAAGAUUUACACCACCACCCAGCUCACGCAGCAGUCCGACAAGCUGGUAGCUCUUAGAGGCGUCUUCAACCGCUUCUGGGAGCGAUUCGAAGUCGAAGCCGAAGCCAGAAAGCAAGAGUCAAGCCAACAAGUUCAGCACCAGCAAAACAUUGACUGGUGCAUAGCCGGCCUCUGGAAGCGCGACCUCAUCCGCCAGCUCCUUUGGCGUCGCGACACCUACCACCUCGAUGCCAUUCCCAAACCCGAAUGGUGGCCCGAAGAAGAUGCCCAACAAAAUUCAUUCAAUGCUCGCGCGACCGAAGUCCUCAAACUCUACCCCUCUUGGUCCUGGGCCGCUUGUCCCUCAUACCACGGCUUUGGCAUUUGCUUCACCACACAACCCACCGACAAAGUCGAAGAUAUGAUUGUCAUCGAACAGAUCAAGCCGCUCAACUACAACCCACAAGGUACAUACACCGAUUACACAGCCUUUGACUCUUCUGUCCUCAUCCUCCGCGGCCUUCUCUACAGCGGCAUCACAACCAUCGACCUAUCCCAAGUCUUUGCCGAAUGGCGCACCAAAUCCGAAUCUUCGGGAACCGUCAAACACCACGCUCGCCUUAUGCGGCGGUCGGCGUGGUGGAUCUACUUUGAUCGGCCACUACUCACCCCGCUAAGACCAGAAAGUGUAGGUGUGUUGAUGGUCAGGCUGGUGGGCUUGGGUGAAGUGAGGCAGACGAGGUAUAUGCAUGGGCUUUUGGUGGAAAAGCUGGGGACCGGGAUGGGAGAGGACAUGAUGGACGGGUUGCCGACCUAUAGACGGAUGGGGUUUUUCUUGCUUAGGAGUAAACGGGGGGUAAUCCCGGGGGUGGAGUGGCCGGAACGGUUUAGGACGGUGGAAGAGGCGGAGGCUGCGGCGCGGGAGGUGAGGGAGAGGAGGAGGACGUGGCCGUUGUUGAGGUUGGUGUAG